UCUGCACGCACGAGAUAUGAUUAUCAAGUACACGCCUAAAGAUUGGUUCCGGGGGAAAAUGUAUGUCAGUCAGCAUUCGAAAGAUUGCAUGAUUCAAGGCAAUGGAACGAAAAGCACACUGCUACGUUUAACAAUUGGUAGCGAAGCAAAAGAAAAUAAAUGCGGCAUAUUAAGGGCUUAUGAAGUGACAAAAAAUUAUCAAAGAAUUUUUAUCUCAACUUUAGUGGUUAUACAAAAUAAUCGAAACGUUCAAACGCAGGGAGAUCGUUUAAUAAAAGUUGGUUCCAUUAUGAGUAACGUUACUGCGAAAGAGUUCUCUGGUAAAAAUGACGAUAAAGCAAAUAAUCGAGAUGAAAAUACGCUGAAACCCGAAGAAGAAAUGAUGCCGAACGCCAUAGCCUUAGAAUCGUCUUUGGAUUUUUCAAGGAGUUUUCUGCUCAAUGAGGGCUCUUUACACUACAAUAUUAGUGAUUCGUAUCAUCCGAUGCCAAAAAUUACUUUACAAAUUAUCGAUUUAAACCGAAAUCAUCAGACAAAUGACGUACAAAUCGAUCAAAGCUUAGAACUACGUAUAAGUGCAGAAUAUACCCAACAAGAGUUAAGGGAAUUUAAUGCACUGCAACUGCCACCAUUGCCAGAUUUUAGAGCUACGGGUUGUCCAGAUGAGAAUUGCUUACAUUCUUCUAGCCAUUCAAAUCCAUGGUCAAUCUCAACUGUUGAAGAACCAGUGGCUAGAAAACGAAGGGAAACGAAUGAAAAUGAGAAACUAAUGGCAAAAUUCGAAAUACAAAAAGAAGUAAUUUGA